AUGGAAGCGACCAAGCUUGAAGAGAACGGGGAUCGGGCUACCGGCGCACGCUCUUUUGAUUGUAGCUUCUGUAAGAGAGGGUUCUCUAACGCCCAAGCUUUAGGAGGCCACAUGAACAUGCACAGGAAGGACAAGGCCAAGCUCAAGCAUCCCUCUCGCUGCGGUAAUCCAUUCCCUUCCAGGAACGCCGUGCCCUCGUCUCUUCCGAUCGUCGGUGGCUACACGUCCCCUGCGAGCCAUGAAAGCGCGUGCAUCUCCACAUGGCGAUGGAGCUUCCCAGGUGCAGAAGACGACGGCUACAGAUUCGGUAGUCUCGUGGAUUCCGCUCGCCGGUCGACUUUGUCAUCUCGAGCAAAUGGUCAAGGAUCGAGAAGUGGCAAGGUGGUGGAGAUGCAUCAGACGAGGCACGGCGUGGUCGAAGCAGACAUAGAUCUGGAGCUCCGGCUGGGUCGAUCGGUGACCUACUUAAGUUCUGAGGACAAGACUCAGCAGGGUGCUUCUUUCACGGAGAGGAUUCUCUGA